AUGGCUCAUUGGACUAUCCUCGAGAAUGUGGCCCAGGGUGUCUUCCUGAUAUGUAUUAUCGCAAUUAGUAUUCUGCUAGGCCUGAGUUUGAGGAUGUUGUUCCCGAUGGACUAUACUAGAUUCUUGAGGUUUGCACAACUUAUUCUGUCCAUUGGGUUUGGAAUUGGUGCUAGUUUCUUGGUCGGCAACUCCGAUUGGAGUGACUCUGUAUGUGAUGGAGUACACAUAUUUUGUGUAAUUUUAUACGCAGGAAGCAAAGUGAUUAUGUACCUGUUUCUCGUGGAAAAACUGCAUAUUGUCACAAGUUUACGUACACGAUUCGAGGACCCUCUCUGGAAAAUGAAUAUGGUUUUGAUAACUCCCUUCUUGGGUAUAGCCCUGCUAGGCUUUUUCUUUACUGGCCAUCAAUUCAAUGAGGAUGAGAUGAACCCUUUAGCUCUAGCUGUUGGAAAUUGCGAGAUUUGGUAUGGAAGGGAGUUUACAGUUCCGUUCGUGGCGUAUGAUGUAUUUUACUCCAUAUAUAUUUCAACAUACUUUGUCUGGGCUGUACUGGGUACCAGCAAAUCAUUGAAGAUGGCUCGAAAUGAGAAAUAUGUGGCAUUGGCAAAGAGGAACUUGGUGGGAGCGUCCAUCUCACUCGCGAGUACAUUUGUCAAUGUGAUGGAAAUGACCUUGAACCAACACCAAAGCGGAACUUUAUGUCUCGCCCUUUGCUCCACCGACACCCUCGUAAACGCAUUAUGUCUAUGGUACGUCACUUCCUCAGUGGCCAUAGGCUCCACCUUCACUCAAAAAGCGCCCGGUGCUUUAUCAUCAGCCAACAACAACAAUAAUCAAGUCCAUUCCCAAAAUCCGUCACGCCUUCCAUCGCAAGACCCUAAGAGAAUCAGUGCUACUAGCAUUACUGCACCACGACGAGUGCCUGUUGCUGGUACUCCAGCUCUUGGUGGUGAUCUGGAAAGUGUGGAUGAAGAGGCAGGCAGUGCUGACAACAUGGCUUGA